AUGUCGCGCCCACCCGAGCUCGACCGCAAUCAGGAUGCUACGUGCUACGUCGGCAACCUCGACGAGCGCGCCACGGACGCCAUCGUGUGGGAACUCAUGAUCCAGGCGGGUCCGCUCGUCAACCUCCACCUGCCCAAGGACCGCAUCUCGCAGACGCAUCAGGGCUAUGCUUUCGCCGAGUUCCAGACGGAGCAGGAUGCAGACUACGCAUGCAAAGUCAUGAACGGCCUCAAGCUCUACGGCAAACCCAUCCGCGUCAACAAGGCCUCCAACGAUCGCAAGCAGAUCGACAUUGGCGCUAACCUGUUUGUUGGCAGUCUCGACCCGGCCGUAGACGAGCAUCUGCUCUACGAGACCUUCUCUGCAUUCGGCACGAUCGUUGGCUUGCCCAAGGUGGCACGCGAUCCGGCCACGGGAGAGCCCAAGGGAUACGCGUUUGUGUCGUUCGACAGCUUCGAGGCGGCGGAUGCUGCGGUCGAGGCGCUCAAUGGCCAGUUCCUGCUCAACAAGAACAUCACCGUCGACUAUGCGAUAAAAAAGGACAGCAAGAAUGGCGAGAGGCACGGCACUGCUGCCGAGCGUUUGCUGGCUGCACAGGCUCGCAAGAACAAUGCGCUUCCCACACAGCAGUACCCGCCAGCACCACAUGCCUUGGCACAGCCGUAUGCGCAACCACCCCAGACCAACGGCGCGCCACCGCAGGCGUGGAACGCAUACCCGCAAGGCGCACCGCCGCAACAGCCUGGCGCCUACGCCCCUCCCAUCCACAUGAACCCAGCUCCCCCAGCCUAUCCACACUACCCGCAGUGA